AUGCUGGGAACCUUUGAAUACCCCGACUUCCCGAUGGAGCCCGAGACAUUUGGCAUUCAGCCUGAACCAUUUCUACCGCGCAUUAGAGGCGAAGAGAAGUUUGGGGCACCCUUGUUCCAUAGCAAGGACUUUCCGAAGCAUUCGGACACGAUCCAAAGCUCCAAGUCUGUGGUCGUGUUCGGUGGAACAAAGUCAGCUUUCGACGUUGUGUAUGCAUAUGCCUCACAAGGAGUCAAAGUAGAUUGGGUUAUCAGAGAGAGUGGCCAUGGUCCUAUUUGGAUAUCCCCACCAUAUGUCACGCCGCUAAGGGUAUGGUUAGAAAAACUUGUGCAUACACGUCUGUUGACAUGGCUCAGCCCCUGCAUAUGGGGAGGAGUUGAUGGAUUUAAGGGUAUUCGCAAGUUUUACCACGAAACUGCCGUUGGCCGCGCAAUCACGGACGCUUUCUGGAAGGUCAUUGGCAAUGACGUUCUGACGCUAAACCGGUACGACGCCCAUCCAGAAACAAAGAAGCUGAAACCAUGGAGCAAUCCCAUGUUUGUGGCCUCUUCCUUUUCCAUCCUGAACUAUCCAACCGACAUCUUUGAGUAUGUCCGAAAUGGCAGCGUGAGGGUGCACAUUGCGGACAUUACGGGGCUUUCUGCUAAGGCAGUCCACUUAUCUGAUGGAACACGCCUAGAUGCAGAUGCACUGUGCUGUGUUACGGGCUGGAAGUAUAUGCCGCCAGUGAAGUUCCUCCCUGAGGGAAUCGACAGGGAGCUAGGCCUCCCUCAUGCCCUAGACAAGGCGGACUUGUUUACCUCAGAGGAGAUCGCCAAGGCGGACUCAGAGAUAUUUACACGGUUUCCUCGGCUUCAAGACCAACCAGUGCAGAAUAAGAAGUUCAAACCCCUUUUGGAUACUGAGGGCCUCUCAAGCUCGGACGAGAUAACCUCAGAUACGCCCCUAACUCCGUGGACAUUGUAUCGCUUCAUGGUACCACCGUCUGCUCAGCUCCUUCAAACACGGGACAUAGCUUUCGCUGGGGUUCUGCUCAACUUCACUACCUCCAUAAUUGCCCAUGUUCAAGCGCUCUGGAUUAAUGCAUACUUUAACAACCAGCUGCCUGCAGAUGUUCUGCCAACUCUGCGCACAAACAAGGAGGACGCACAUCUAGACGUAAACGGAAAGUCAACAGAGGAUAUCCGACGCGAGACUUUACUUCACUCGCGUUUCGGCCGCUGGCGCUAUCCGGCAGGCCAUGGAGACCGGUUCCCUGACUUUGUCUUCGACGCGUUGCCAUAUGUUGAUCUCUUGGUUGAUGACCUUGGUCUCAAAGUACGCCGAAAGAAGGGAUGGUUUUCUGAGAUCUUGCAACCAUACAGCCCGGCCGAUUACCGUGAGCUUGUAGAGGAGUGGCUAGAGAAUGUCAAGCGUGUCGAGAGCAGCGAAGGAUGUAGCGCGGAUUCGGGGAGCUACGAGUAA